UAUCCAGUUCAAUCUGCAAAUGACCCUUCACCAGCUGUGAGUCCAUUGAUCAGCUUUUGUUUAUCUGCAAAUGCACCACAAUGUUGGCAUUCAGCCAGGGAUGCAGUCUUCCUUCUGUUUGCAGCAAAGAUAGGUAGAUGAGAGAUGAACUGUGGGUUUUGGCCAUGGCUGGAAGGCAUGAAGGAGAAAAUUGUGAUCACAGCUGCUUCUGCUGCCCAGACAGCCUCAUUUGCAACACACCCCAUUUAUGGGCCACCUUCCUUGCAUAUGGAGCCUUCAGCAGAGCAGGUGCCCUGGAGAAGCUCCCCAGGUGAGCUGGUGCAUCCAUUCUUCCUGUGAACAGCAUGGAAACAUGCAGAGUGGCAAUUCCUCUCCUGAGACCUCCUUGGGGAUCUGGCAGCUGCUCAGUUGUGUCCAAGAUGAGAACUGGCAGAUCCAUUAGGACAUGUCAGAAAUGGAUGCAAAAACUUCAUGUGGAAGUUGGUGUGGAAAAAAAGCUUGUGCCAGUCUGCUCUUCUUGUCCCUGCUAAGGUUUUAGGUCAGAGGAAAAUGCCAAAUAUCUGGGAGAAGAGUUUUUAUAAUGUUUUGUAUCAUCAUUGCAAGUCCCAUAAUAUUAAUAUUGUUAGCUCCUGAUUCUGGAGCCAAGUGAGCAGCUGUCAUCUUCACUUGCUCCUCCUGUCUUAAUUACCUCACUUUUUGGUUUGAGUUUUGGGGUUUUUUAAAGCUUUAAAUGUGACUUGAGUGCAACCUAAAGGGCCCAAACUAAGAUAAUGGAAAAUAUGUUGCAAUAUUUUUAAACCUUAUGACUUUUAGACCCCAUUCGUAAAUCAAUCUCUCUGGAAUAAGGACUUCUAAGGUGACAAUGUGCCAGUGGAGCAGCCUGAGGCACCAGGAAUUGAUUGGCUGAAGGCAUCCUGUCAGGGUGAGACCAUUGCAUGUCACUGCCUGGUAGUGAACAUUCACAGAAUGGCCCAUGAUUAUUUUCUCUCCAUCUCUCCAUUUAUUGUAGGGCUUUUUUCAUGGAGGCUACUCAAAAUCCUUGGUCAAAGGGUUCAAGUUUAUGAACAUUUGUUUCUUUGUUUCUGUGUUGCAUCUGAUGCAGCUGUAUUCAACUCAAUUGUGCAUUCCAGAGACACCCAAAGUGUACAUGAAGACCAUUAAUAAUAGUGGAGGGAGUUUCCAAAUAUGCCAAGUAAUAAUGUAUCAUUUCUCUUGUUAAUAUAGUUGAUCUGCCUCACUGAUAAUUAUCUGUGCCUUAUUUCUAAUUUGAUAGCUUCUGGCUUUAAUUCCCAGACACUUUCUGCUUUACCAUUUCGCUUUUCCUGGGUAAAGCAUCUUUUAACAUCACAUGUUCAUGUCUACCACAUACUUACUCAGCUGUGGUGCUCUGCCAGAACUCCAGACCUUGGUCUCUGCUGAAGAGAGAUCUCUCCUGGGCUCCUAGGAAGCUCUGAGAUGUGCUGCAGCAAGGUGGGAUGAGUUUCUCUGGUUUGGGUUCAAAUGUUGAUUGGUCCAUUUUUGGGGAGGUUCCUUGCAGAGGGAUUUGAUGGCUUUUCAGGGUGCAAGAGCAGCCUGGUCUUGCUAGGACUGAUGAUUUACAUGAGCUCUGCCAUAUUCAGCCAAGUGUGGGCAGAGCUAUCAGAACUUGUCAGACGAGAGAGCCUGGGUGCCUGCAGCACCCUCACCUCUUAUAGGAAAACUGUUCCCCACCACAGACUCUAAGUACCUUUCACUCUCCUCCCUGAUAAAGCUGCCUCUCCUGUGCACAGUUGUUUUCUCCAGCCCUACAGCAAAGUGCAGUGGGGCCUCUACUUGGAAGAAAGCUCUCAAAAACGGGGCCAUCACCUCUGCACUGGAAGGCUGAUUUGAAGUGUUGGCACUGGUCAGGGCUUUCCAGUUUGCCCCAGAGCAGCUCUGGGCCGGAUGUGUGCCCCUUCAUUCUCCACCCCAAUUCUUCCCAUGCUCUGCGCCAGGCAGGAUGUUCAGGCUCUGUAGGGCUGCCAGCUUUGUCACAGGCUCAACAGCCUGUUCAGGAGGGACUGGGGAGGGAACACUGAGGACAACAGUCUCUGCCACCCAGGCCAUGUGUUUUCUUUCCGUGGCCCAGCCCUGAAAAAAUGGAUCUUUGUUUUGAUGCACACACAACCCUCUGUAUGCUUAUCAUAAUAAAGACUUCUGAACUGACGCCAGAAAAGUUUUCAUGGUGUUUUCCAGAAGAUGGGAGCUUGCCAGUAGUGGAAUGGAGCUUCUGGCACUAAACAUGGAAAAGUCCUGAGAUGUGAAUUCCUCUCUUGCCAGUUCCGUGAUGCUCUCCUGGAUCAGCUCUGAAGUUCCUGGUGGAUGGGUAGCAUCCCCUCCUGGUAGAGAAAGGCACUGUGGUCUUUUCUGGGCUCAGGGCACCUCACACAGGUUGUCUCACUCCUGGAAAGGCUGCUAGUGCCCAAACCACAUUUUUCUUUGUCUUAGGUUCAUCCUGGCCUCCUCAAAGCAGUUUGUUCUCCCAAGCUGUGAACUGGACAGAAGCGGUCCUCUGUUCUCAUUUUCCCUCUCCCCCCACCAGGCAGCCCCACUGGCAUCAUGCUGACACUGCAGCCCACCUUCCCAGCCCCCCAAAAAGGACUUUAAAAAAAAAACAGGGGAGCUGUGUUCAAAAAAAGAGAGAACUGUGAAGAUGGGGCAGAAGACCAAGAAGGCAAAGGGUCAAGGACGGAAAGGACCACUAUGAUGGUGCUGGGGCAGGAGAGUGUUGGAUAUGGGAAAGUCUGAGUAAGCCAAGUCAUGAGCAGGCAAUCCAUGUGCCUUCACCACCACACUGUACUGUUUGCAUCAGAGGCUAUCAACAGCAGCUAGAGGCUGUAAACCUGGUUUUACCACAGCUCUUCCUGGAAAACUGAGGUAGAAAGACAGCAGCCCAAACAGAUGUGGAGAACAGUGGAGCCAGAGUUCAAGUAUGUUGGGAACAUGCAUGGGAACGAGGUGCUGGGCCGUGAGCUGCUGCUGCAGCUCUCGGAGUUCCUGUGUGAGGAGUACCGCCGGGGCAACGAGCGGAUCACGCGCCUCAUCCACGACACGCGCAUCCACAUCAUGCCCUCCAUGAACCCCGACGGGUACGAAGUGGCUGCCAAGCAGGGCCCAGACAGCAACGGGUACUUGACAGGGAGGAACAAUGCCAAUGGAGUGGACUUGAACCGCAACUUCCCUGACCUCAACACACUCAUGUACUACAGCAGGGAAAUCAGCGGGCCAAAUCACCACAUCCCGCUGCCUGACAACUGGAAAAGCCAGGUGGAGCCAGAGACACUGGCUGUGAUCCAGUGGAUCAGCAGCUACAAUUUUGUGCUCUCGGCCAAUCUGCACGGUGGAGCAGUGGUGGCAAAUUACCCCUAUGACAAGUCUCAGGAUCAGCGGUUCAGGAGCCACCGGCGCACAGUGAACACGCCUACCCCUGAUGAUAAGUUGUUUCAGAAGUUGGCCAAGACCUACUCAUACGCCCACAGCUGGAUGCACCGGGGCUGGAACUGUGGGGAUUACUUUGCUGAUGGCAUCACCAAUGGGGCAUCCUGGUACUCACUCAGCAAAGGCAUGCAGGACUUCAAUUACCUCUAUACCAACUGCUUUGAAAUCACCCUGGAGCUAAGCUGCAAUAAGUUUCCCCCCGAGGAGGACCUGGAGCGGCAGUGGAUGGCCAACCGGGAGGCCCUUGUUGCUUUCAUUGAAGAGGUUCACCAGGGCAUCAAAGGGAUGGUGUCAGAUGAGAACAACAACGGCAUUGCAGGAGCAGUGAUUUCUGUCCAGGGAAUCAGCCAUGACAUCACCUCUGGUGACAUGGGGGAUUAUUUCCGGCUGCUGCUGCCUGGCACUUACACUGUCACAGCCUCUGCAGAGGGGUACCAGCCCCUGACAGUCACAACAACAGUGGGCCCAGCUGCACCUUCAUUGGUGCAUUUCCAGCUCAAACAAGAAAUGGUGAGGAAACCUUCAGAGCAUAAAGCCUCAGGCACACGUAUGAGCAACAAAGCCCUUCAGAAGAAGGUCGUGCCAAGAGCCACCCGCCGGGGGACCCAAAGAUGAGGACAGCUCAUUUGGCUGAGAGCUGGGGAAGCCGUUUACAUGAGGCCUGGCUGAUGACUCCAGCCAGUGAACUUUCCAACAGUCCAGCAUGAAACUAGCCCAAAUCAUUAGGUUAUUAAACAAGGAAAUAUUUA